CCCUGCCCUCCCUUCGCACUUGGUUACCAGCCACUCACGUUUUCCUCCUCGUGUGCCCCUCAUGCCCCAUUGCCUGCGCCCCUCAUGCCCCAUUGCCUGUGCCCCCCAUGCCCCAUUGCCUGCGCCCCUCAUGCCCCAUUGCCUGUGCCCCUCAUGCCCCUUUGCCUGCGCCCCUCAUGCCCCAUUGCCUGUGCCCCUCAUGCCCCUUUGCCUGCGCCCCUCAUGCCCCACUGCCUGCGCCCCUCAUGCCCCACUGCCUGCGCCCCUCAUGCCCCACUGCCUGCGCCCCUCAUGCCCCACUGCCUGCGCCCCUCAUGCCCCACUGCCUGCGCCCCUCACACCCCACUGCCUGCGCCCCUGGGCAGGUCUCUUUGCUGUCUUCAUCUUUGCCAAGCCGCUGCCCCCCACCCGCCUGCCGCCACCACCGUUAGCACCCACACCGCCAGCACCCACACCGCCAGCAGCGGCAGCAGACGAGGUGACUGGGCAGGCAGGUGGGGGAGGGGGGCCGGGGGAGGAGCGGGCGGCAUGCGUGUGUGCAGCCACCUCCGGCACGCCACUGGAUGAGCCCACCUCGUUGCUUCCCUGCCCUCCUCCAAUGCUGCCCGUGCCCCCUGCACCAGCACACACUGCCAGCACCCGCGCCCCUCCUCCUGCUGCCUUGGCAUCCCCAGCUCACGUGGUGGUGGGUGGCGCGGGUGCAGGCACGUCGCCCUCGCCUCCCCCCACACUGCCUCCUCCCAAAAGGGACCGCCAUUGCGGCAGUGGGGGCACAGUGGGCACGGCACACACGCAUGGUGGCCCUCCCUGCCCCUCUGCUGCGCUGCCGUGUGCCGCCGUGCGCCUGGAGGUGCACGCAGGGCCCUCUGUGCUGCCCCGUGCGCCGGAGGAACGUGCUGAGAACAGCCCACGGGAUGAGGUGAGAGGCAGUGGGGGUGCCGGGAGGGGGGAGAGGGGUGAGAGGGGCGAGAGGGGCUCAAGGGAUGGUGGGGCGGUGGGCAGGGGGCCGCGCGGCGUGUGGGACCUGGACGCCUCCGACGACGACCCCGACCCCUCCCCCUCCCCCUGGGCGCUCGCCCGCCCGCCCCCCGCCCUCCCCCCGCCUCCCCCUCCCCUCUCUGCACCCCCCCUUCCUCCACCUGCCUCCUGCCUGCCCCCUACACGUGGCAACGUGGGCUUGGGUGGGGAAAGGCAGGCGUGGGGUGCUGUGACGCACAGGCAGAGGGGCAUGGCAUGGGAGGAGAGGGGGGCGAGGGAGGAGAGGGAGCAGAGAGGGGGAAGGGGGCAGAGGGAGGAGAGGAGGGAAAGGGGGGAAGAAGGGGAGAGAGAGGAGAGAGGGGAGAGGGGCGAGAUGGUGCAGGACGAGGUGAUGGUGGAGCGAAGGGGGACGGCAGAUAAAGCGCAACAAAGAGGUGGGGCGAUGGGAAGCAAAAGCAGGAUGGAUGAGAAGGAGCAGUCCGCUCAUGUGCUUCCGCUGCUUCCAUGCCCUCCUGAGCACAGUGCUGACAGGCUGCGUGAGCGGCCCGCCCAUGAGCAGAGUGAUAGGGGCGAGCACCGUGGGGGGGCAGGCGAGCACCGUGGGGGGCCAGGCGAGAGUCACACUGGUUGGCUCGAGAUGCACUCCCACUCUCAUGGCCAGUGCCCUGAGCAGCAGCAGCAGCAGCAGCAGAGGCAAGGCUAUGUGCAUGUGUCUCCGGAUGCGGCAGUUGAGAGCAGCGCGGUGCGCAUGGCAUCCCCGCCCCGCCUGCCCCAGGGGGUGCUGCCUACCCCAAUGCAGUGCAGAGGGAGUGAGGGCAGCACCGAGGAGGAGGCUGGGGAGGGCGGAGACAGCAGGGAGGGAGGGGAGGGAGGGGAGGGAGGGGAAGGUGGGGAGGGAGAAGAAGGUGGGGGCGCGGUGAGGUGGCGGGCGCAGGGCAAGCGCGAGCGCAGCCGCAGGAAGGCGAGGGGGCUGGCGAUGGCGAUGGAGGACAUCAUGCGGCGCACGCCCAUCAUUGCUGCGCGCGGGCUGGUGGGGCGGGAGGGGUGCGGUGGGGCACACGAGAUGAGUGCGCGCGACGGUGAGGCAGGGAGGGCACGGGAUGGAAUGGGUGUGCGGGAGGGGUGGGUGACAGGGGAGGCAGGGUGCGGCGGCAACGAGGCGGGGGAGGGGAGGGCGGGCAAGAGGAGGGGGGUGGUGGACGAGUGGGAGGAGUGGCACCGGCGGCAGAUGGCUGCCGGGGGGCAUGUGGGGCGUGCAGGACAGGGGGUGCACAGCAGUGCCCAGCCUGCCAGGUAUGACGGCAGCACUGCUGCUUUUGCAGUGGUGGUGCGAGCGGGGGAGGCGCAUGCAGGUGGAGAGGCAGGGAUGCAUGCAGGUGGAGAGGCAGGGAUGCAUGCAGGUGGAGAGGCAGGGAUGCAUGCAGGUGGAGAGGCAGGGAUGCAUGCAGCAAUGCAAGACAGCGUGACAGCGCUGGGGGCGUUGGGAGUGGCACUCGCUGCAGGAGGAGGAGGAGGAGGAGGAAGAGGCAUCCCCGCUGUGGCGCGUGGUGGCUGUUCCAGUGAGGCGCAUGCAGUUGGUGCGGUGGAGCAUGCAGCUGGUGUGGUGGAGCACGAGCCCCUGAUCACCUACUCACUCAAGCGACACCGUAAAUCCCUCAAGGAGCACCACUGCAAGUAG